CACAUGCUCUACUCCUGUCCGCUCUUUCGCACUUUACAAUCCUCUCUUCCUAAUUCAUCCUAUCGUUUCUGCCCGCCAUGCGCUUUCUUCUAACUUCCGCUGCGCUUGCAGUGUCUUGCGAAGCCUUCUCUCUUCCCUGGCAUGCACGCGCAACGGACCCAUCUCUCCCCGCGCUUUCCCUGUCGAACUAUGACACUCCAAAGUAUGCGCGACCACUUACACUUGAUGAAGCGUUGUCCGGUGCGAACGCUUCUGUCACCACCAUCAAACCCGAGGAGCUCCUAGAUGCCAAGAACCGGCUUCCAGCGCUUGUCCUGCCCGUCAAUAUGACAGAGCCAGACAAGAUACACGAUUUGAUAGACGAUUUGAGCAACCUUGGGAAGAGGCAGAGCACUUGUUCCAAUGUCCGUACUCGCGUGGAGUGGGAUUCGGCAUCGGAUGGUGAUCGACAAGGCUACGUCGACGCCAUCAAGUGCUUGAUGAGCAGGCCUCCUUCUGGGCAGUUCCCAGUCUCGAAGAGCCGCUAUGACGAUCUCGUUGGUCUUCAUCAGACUCUGACUCCCAACGUGCAUGGCAACGCAAAGUUCCUGCUCUGGCACAGGUACUACACAUGGACGUUUGAGUCCCUCCUUCGUGACGAGUGUGGCUUGAGUGGACCACUGCUUUGGUUUGACGAAACGCGCUAUGCGGGUAACUUUGCGGCGUCAUCUAUCUUCAGCUCACGUUGGUUUGGAGGCGUCAACAUUGGCGGUAACUGUGUGACGGAUGGACAAUUCGCCAACCUGGCUCUGGUCUACGGUCCGGGAACUGGCAACACGCCCCACUGCCUGGCCCGUAACAACGAUGAUUCGAAAACCAUCAACACCGGAAAUGCGAUCGUAGAUGCCUGCAACAGCCGCUCUGAUUACGCUGACAUGGCUGCAUGUGCCGAAGGUGGUGCCCACGCAUGGGGACACAACGGUAUUGGAGCUGUCAUGCAGGACGUUUUCGCAUCCCCCGGUGACCCCGUUUUCUUCCUUCACCACGGCUUCAUUGACCGCAACUUCCGCAUCUGGCAGAACAACGGAGGCAAUGCACGCAUCUCCAGCGUCGAUGGCACCGAUGCCGCCGGCAAUCGUUUGACGCUCAACACCAACAUCAAUGUCUAUGGCUUCCGCCCUGAUGUUCGCAUCGGUGACGUUCUGGAUACGAAGAGCUCGACGCUGUGCUACAAAUACAACUACUAA